UAUCGACAAGGCGUUCUUUGUGAAAACUUAGCAGGUUUCUUCGCGGUACACCGAUAAUUCAGAAAAAAUUGUCUAUUUAAACAUGUCGCAUGGCCGUAAUGAAUGCCGAAUCUAUGUUGGAAAUCUGCCCCCGGAUAUUAGGACCAAGGAUAUACAGGAUUUGUUUUAUAAGUUUGGAAAGGUAUCAUUCGUGGAUCUGAAAAAUCGCCGUGGUCCGCCAUUUGCUUUCGUCGAGUUUGAGGACGCCCGCGAUGCCGACGAUGCCGUAAAAGCCCGUGAUGGUUACGAUUAUGAUGGGUAUCGAUUGCGCGUCGAAUUUCCCCGCGGUGGUGGCCCGGGAAGCUAUCGUGGAAGCCGGCAAAGUAAUAGCGACCGCAGCAGUCGUGGUGACCGCGGUAACCGAGGUCCCCCAGCUCGCCGGUCGCAGUUUCGGGUGCUGGUAUCCGCACUGCCCUCUUCUGGGUCCUGGCAGGACCUGAAGGAUCAUAUGCGCGAAGCCGGUGACGUUUGCUUUGCCGAUGUGUAUAAGGACGGCACGGGUGUUGUAGAAUUCUUGCGUCACGAAGAUAUGAAGUAUGCCAUUAAAAAACUUGACGAUUCCCGAUUCCGCUCGCACGAGGGGGAAGUUGGCUACAUUCGCGUACGAGAAGAUUCUGGAAAUGACGAUAAGCGGGACUACAGAGAUAGAUCCUAUUCUCCACGUAGACGAAGGGGGACACCAACCUACUCGCCUGUCCAGCGCAGUGUUUCCCGAUCGCGGUCUCGGUCCUACAACUAAACCAACGAUCGCAUAGUUUGCUGCAGAAAGGAACCUAAAGUAAUUGAAUGUUUCUCCUACCUCUAUCCCUCUUACUUUCAUGCCAAUGUGCAUUGGACUCCCCCCAGAGAAUACAGUACAUUCCGCGGGAAUGUCCACGUUUCACAAUGUUGGCCUUUAGUUUUACAACUGUAACUGCAUUGCGUUUUACGAAAACAUUUCCGACUCGUCCGGGUGUGUUUUUGUGGCAUGCUUGCCCCUUGUGCAUUCAUAACUAUUAGGGUAAGCAAAGUGGCAUAUGAUUAAGAUGGUAAUAGCGUAGAACAGGUUUUGUUUUUAACAACAUGCUUUUAAAACUAAACAGGAGCAUGCCAUUCAACCGGAUACGACAAGAAGAGCGUUUAAAAGCACAUACAUUUUUGCUACAACAACAUGUAUUAUCCCGUAAAGAACAAGCUAUAACAAGCUUCUGGUGGAGUAGGCAAGCAAUACACAAUAAUAAUUCAGGGAUGAAGUAAUGAUCAUAUGAGGCAAACAAUGGAGGUAAAUUGUUCAGCAACUGUCGGCAAUAAUAUGUGUGUUUUACAUUUCAUCAUUUUAACUUCCUAGUUUAGAUUUCGUCUGGACUUAAAAGUAAAUUCUUCACACGACUUCAAUUCACUAGUUCACACUUUGACUGAACAGACCAAAAAAAGAGAACAAAAAUUGCAAACUAAAUUCACCCACCGCCAGAGGACAAUAAUGGGUGAUAGCUCUAGUUUCUUCACAUUUAUCAGCGAUGAUGUAGAAUAACACAGUAUCAUAAGCUUAUCCUAAUACCAUGCAGUGAUGGUAUGAAA